ACCCCACUCUCGAAUCCACUGCCGAAUUCUUCGGUUUUUGAAGUAAACCGAGUACGUUCUGUUUACGAGAGGUCGUAUUUCGUGAAUAAAGUUAAUAAAUGCUAGAGGUUAAUAAGAAUUAUUAGGAAUUAUCAAAGUAGUGUGGUUUCUCAUAGUAUUGACAGUACAUAAAUAAUUCUCCACCAAAAUGCCACGUAUUAUGAUAAAGGGUGGUGUUUGGCGCAACACCGAAGAUGAGAUCCUGAAAGCAGCUGUUAUGAAAUAUGGCAAAAAUCAAUGGUCUCGUAUAGCAUCUCUGCUGCACAGAAAAUCAGCCAAACAAUGCAAAGCCAGAUGGUUUGAAUGGCUGGAUCCCAGCAUCAAAAAGACAGAAUGGAGCCGAGAGGAAGACGAAAAGCUGUUACAUCUAGCAAAGCUCAUGCCCACACAGUGGCGCACCAUAGCUCCAAUUAUUGGGCGUACUGCUGCUCAGUGUUUAGAACGUUACGAGUAUCUACUCGAUCAGGCUCAAAAAAAAGAAGAAGGAGAAGAUGCUGCCGAUGACCCACGUAAAUUGAAACCUGGUGAAAUUGAUCCUAAUCCAGAAACAAAACCAGCCCGUCCUGAUCCAAAAGAUAUGGAUGAAGACGAACUUGAAAUGUUAUCGGAGGCUCGCGCUAGACUGGCAAAUACACAGGGUAAAAAAGCAAAGCGUAAGGCUCGUGAAAAGCAGCUGGAAGAAGCUCGACGACUCGCAGCCUUACAAAAACGGAGGGAGUUACGUGCUGCCGGUAUUACUGUUUCUCAGAAGCACAAACGGAAGCGUGGAGUUAAUUACAACUCUGAGAUUCCGUUUGAAAAACGACCAGCUCUGGGAUUUUAUGAUACUUCCUUGGAGCACAUAGACCCAUUAGCGGCUGAUUUUUCUAGAAUGAGACAGCAACAUUUAGACGGCGAUCUCAGGCAAGAAAAAGAAGAGAUGGAACGGCGUAAAGAUAAGCAGAAGCUCAAGCAGAGAAAAGAAAACGAUAUUCCAAUGGGAAUGCUCAACAAUCAAGAACCUGUGAAGAAGAGAAGCAAACUGGUCUUACCAGAGCCACAAAUAUCUGAUCAGGAAUUGCAACAAGUUGUGAAACUCGGUCGAGCUUCUGAGGUUGCUCGAGAAGUUGCGACUGAAAGUGGAGUGACUUUAUCCGAUAGUUUGUUGGCUGAUUAUUCUUUGACUCCCAAUGUGGCAGCAACGCCGCGCACACCAGCUGCUACAGACAGAAUUCUUCAGGAGGCUCAAAAUGUCAUGGCGCUGACCCAUGUCGAUACACCUCUUAAAGGUGGGUUGAAUACUCCACUGCAUAGUUCCGACUUUAGCAGUGUAUUGCCAGCCAAUAACGUUGUGGCUACCCCAAAUACCGUUUUGGCGACGCCGUUCCGUUCGCAACGCACAGACGGUACUCCAACAAAUUCUUUCAAUACCCCGACGUCUGCACGAAGUCAAGCUGGAGCUUUGGUACCAACACCUGUUCGCGAUAAGCUGAGUAUUAAUCCAGAAGAAGUUUUAGAGGGUUCGGAGACUCCUGCUCUUCAUAAACAGGUGAAGGAACAGCUGCGUGCAGGAUUAAGCACUUUACCAACACCUAGGAACGAUUACGAGAUAGUAGUUCCCGAAGGAGAAGGUGAGGACGAAAACGGAACUGAUCCAUCAGAUAACAUUGUCGAGGAUCAAGCUGACAUAGAUGCGAGACGUCAACAAGAGAUAAUAGAGCAAAAGAAAAAAGAUCUUGCACAGAGAUCACAAGUGAUCCAAAGAGAUAUGCCUAGACCUGUAGAUGUGAAUAUGAAUAUCUUGAGACCACUUAUGGACACCCCAUUAACCGACUUACAGAGGGCUGAAGAGCUAAUUAAAAGAGAAAUGAUCACAAUGCUGCAGUAUGACGCAUUACAAAAUCCAGUACCAGCGACCACCAAACGAGGAGCAUCCUCGUCGAUUGUACAAGCUACAGCAUUUCUUGAACAGCAUCCCUACAUUGACUACGAACAAGACGAUUUGGCCGAAGCACGUAAGCUCUUGGAGCAGGAAAUGGCCGUCGUACGAGAGGGAAUGGCUCAUGGAGAUCUUAGUAUUGAUGCCUAUACCACUGUCUGGGAAGAAUGUUUAUCACAAGUAUUAUACUUAGAGAAUCAGAAGCGAUAUACGAGAGCUACAUUAGCCUCUAAAAAAGACAGAGUUGAAGCUUGUGAACGAAAACUGGAAGAAAAUAGAGUUCACAUGACAGGAGAAGCAAAACGAGCUGCCAAAAUGGAAAAGAAGCUCAAAAUAUUGACGGGAGGGUAUCAGACACGUGCCCAAGGAUUAACGAAACAAAUGCAUGAUUUGUGGGAACAAAUUGAGCAAGCUCACCUGGAGUUAUCGACGUUCAAAUUCCUCCAAGGACAAGAAGAAGCGGCCGUACCAAGACGGCUGAAUGCACUCAUGGAAGAUGUUAACAGGCAAACAGAACGAGAGCGUACCCUACAAGCUAGGUUUGCAGAGCUUCAAGAACAAUUGCAACAGAUAUCAGUGCAAUAACGGUAGACUAAACGCCUGCAGCGAUCAGGAAAUUAUUACUAUCAAUAUUGCGCGUUUUGUUUUUCAUUUCUACUUUUGCAACUCACUCAAAGAACUGGAUAGCACUGAUUAUUUUGUGUUGGAUAUCUACUACCAUCAUACCUCAAUGUUUUGAGAAUUCAAAUUGUAAAUGCUGAACCCCCGUUAUAUUAUACGAAAAUGGUGAAUCAUAGAAAAUAUAAAAUAGUCUAAAUAAUAAUUGUAAGUAUAACAAUGGCUGACAAGGCCCGGAAUAGCUUAUAAGGUGAGUUCACAAAUUUUUGACACCAUGAGAUUCUAUCUCGAAUAAUUAGGUAUAAAUGGGUUCGAAUGAAUUCGGAAUUACAACAAACUUAUUAGAUUUCCGUCUGCAAUAGAAUUUGAAUCAAUGAAUUUUUAUGUGAAAAUUUUUCAAUGCUUACAAUAAAUUUUAGGGUAAUAGAAUUAAAAAUAAAUUAAAAUUCAUUUGUUUUAUUCGAUCAUGGAAGUGUCUUUGAUCGCACAUAUUACGCAAAUGUAUCAAAACAUACGUUAAAUAUUUAAGGGAGAAUAAAAAAAUGGUCAUUCAUAUCGA